AUGAAGUUUGAAUAUCAACUUCAUUUGUUUGUACUCUCCCUCCUCUUUGUGUUUAUUUCAUCAUCACCCACAAAUCAAAAUCAACAUCAUCAACACCCUGCUACCACUAUAUGUUAUCAACUUAAGAGAACUCAACAUUGCUUAUCAUUCCAAUCACAACCAUCAAUAUUAGCAUAUGAUAUUGAUCUGAAAUAUGGGAUAGUGAAGAGGUUGGUACCUACUGGUCCAAACCCUGACCAUCCACCAUCAUCAACUUCAACAAAGGAUAUUGGUCUAAGAUAUGGAGUAGAGAAGCCAUUGGUUCCUACUGGUCCAAACCCAGACCAUCCACCAUCAUCGACAUCAACAAAGGUUUUUAAUUUCAUAUUUAAAGGGGUGAAAAGACUAGUACCUACUAGUCCAAAUCCUGACCAUCCACCAUCAUCAACUUCAACAAAGAAUAUUGAUCUAAGAUAUGGGGUAGUGAAGAGAUUAGUGCCUACUGGACCAAACCCUGACCACCCACCAUCGUCAACUUCAACAAUGGAUCUUAAUUUGAGAUUCGGAGGGGUGAAGAGACUAGUGGCUACUGGUCCAAAUCCUGAUCAUCCACCAUCAUCAACUUCAACAAAGGACAUUAAUCUAAGAUAUGGGGUGGUGAAGAGAUUGGUGCCUACUGGUCCAAAUCCUGACCAUCCGCCAUCAUCAACUUCAACAAAGAAUAUUGAUCUAAGAUAUGGGGUAGUGAAGAGAUUAGUGCCUACUGGUCCGAACCCUGAUCACCCACCAUCGUCGACUUCAACAAUGGAUCUUAAUUUGAGAUUUGGAGGGGUGAAGAGACUAGUGCCUACUGGUCCAAAUCCUGACCAUCCACCAUCAUCAACUUCAACAAAGGAUAUUCAUCUAAGAUAUGGGGUGGUGAAGAGAUUGGUGCCUACUGGUCCAAAUCCUGACCACCCACCAUCAUCGGUUUCAACACAUAAUAUUAAUUUCUGA